AUGGCCGGAUCCUCCACGGCUACCCCCGCGUCGACCUCCACGGUCAAGUCGCGAGUUAAUGGAUCGGCGAAGAAGGAGGGCAAGGAGCCAUUGGAGAUCAAGGAACACGAUUUCUUCUGGACAUACACCGAAGAGCCUCACCGCACCCGCCGGCUAGCUAUCAUCAAGGCGCAUCCAGAGGUAACGAAACUCUGCGGUCCUGAGCCCCUCACCAAGUAUGUCGUCGCCGGAGUCGUCGGUCUCCAGGUCCUCUUGGCCUACCUCCUCCGCGACACGCCAAUUCUGAACUGGAAGUACUUGGCGACGGCCUAUGUCAUUGGCGCAACCGCGAACCAGAACCUCUUCCUUGCUAUCCACGAGAUCUCGCACAACUUGGCUUUCAGAUCCCCCAUGGGAAACCGUCUCCUGGCUAUCUUCGCGAACCUACCAAUCGGUAUUCCCUACAGUGCAUCCUUUCGACCAUAUCACCUAACACACCACAAGUCCCUCGGCGUCGACGGUCUCGACACCGAUCUCCCCACCGCCUUCGAGGCCAUCUUCCUCGACUCCAUCCUCGGCAAAGCCUUCUUCGCCACCUUCCAAAUCUUCUUCUACGCCCUCCGCCCUAUGUUCAUCUACCGCGUCCCCUUCACGUGGAUUCACCUCUUCAACGUCCUCACCCAAGCCGCCUUCGACUACGCCAUCUACACCUACCUCGGCCCCAACGCCCUCGCCUACUUCAUCGUCAGCUCCUUCCUAGCCGGCUCCCUCCACCCGCUCGCCGCCCACUUCAUCGCCGAGCACUACGUCUACGAAACCGUCACCCCCGAACAGCGCGAUCCGGACAACGCCCUCCCCAUCCCCGAGACAUUCUCGUACUACGGCCCGGCCAACAUCCUCACCUACAACGUCGGCCUCCACAACGAGCACCACGAUUUCCCCGCCGUGCCCUGGACCCGGCUCCAUAAGCUCCGCGACAUCGCUCACGAGUUUUACGACGAUCUUCCGCAGCAUCAGAGCUGGACCUAUGCCCUGUGGAGGUUCAUCUGGGACGAGAACGUGGGCAUGAGGUGCCGCGUCAAGAGGAAGGAAGGUGGGAGGAUGGUGGGCGGCGGCUCUUCUAGCUGGAAGCAGUCCGAGCUCGAGUCCUAG